AUGUCUUCUCAAGAACGGUCACCCUUACCCUCAUUAAUAGAAGAAGAGAAAGAAUACAUACCUCAAACACUAUAUGAAACCUCUAGUUUAACUUCUACUUCCUAUGAACUUUAUAAAUCUGAAGGAUCUUUCAGAAAUGAUGAAGCAGAUGAUAAAAUUAGAUAUUAUAAGAUUUGUAUCAAAAAAUAUAAAGGAACUCAAGCUAGUCCUUAUCCAUAUUCUAAGUUAGGUAGUAGUACAGGAUAUUUAAUGCAGCAUCUUCAUAAUAAACAUUAA